AUGGGGCGCCCUCCGGCGUACCUGUUCGUGGUGAGACACGGAUAUCGUCUUGACGCAGCUGACAAGCAAUGGCAUCUCUCAUCCCCGACCCCUUACGACCCCCCCCUUACCUACAGCGGCUGGCAACAAGCAAAGAGCCUGGGUGCUAGAAUAGCGUCCAUCAUACGGGAAAGGGUGCAAGAAGAGGAGCUUGGUGCGGACCUAGGUGCUGAUGACGUCCCGAAGCGGAAGCGGUACGAGGUCGUUCUACACAGCUCGCCGUUUCUGCGAUGCAUUCAAACGUCGAUUGCCAUCAGCGCCGGCCUUGCUCAGGACUCGACCCCGUUUGAGCCCUCUCGUUCCCGAGCCACAGCGACGACACCGGCAGCUCUCUCGGACGGCCGACCAAAGCCGACUGUUGUCACGGACAUGCCGAACACGAAACCUGCUGACCCAGUCAAUAUCCGACGGUCCGUCUUGCGGUUGGACGCAUUUCUUGGGGAAUGGCUUUCUCCCGACUACUUCGAAUACAUCACCCCGCCUCCCAAGUCGGUCAUGAUGCUGGCCAGCGCCAAAGCCGACUUGCUCCGCCGUGAGGACUACGCUCAAUACCCACAUUUCACCUCGCACCAACAUUCCAACUCCCAAGGCCAGCUCUGGAGCCCUACGGUUCGGGAAAGUUCCGCUUCGCCGUCCAACGGCGGCCAAACAAGUCCGCUGGGACCCAUGGCAAACUUCACCUCUUCACCCACCCACCCGGGCAUCAGCAGCCGGAGCGAUCAGUUGGCCCACCAACGACCGGCGGGGUACGUUUCGCCCGUUCCCCACUACGCCGUGAGCAGCAACAAUACCAUUCCCCCGGGAUACGUCUCGCAUGCUCGAGACGCCUGUGUGGCGAUUGACUACCAAUGGGACUCUACGCGGAGCGCCAUGGAUUGGGGAGAUGGCGGCACCUUUCCAGAAGAGUGGCCGUCCAUGCAUAAGCGGUUUCGCUUCGGUGUGCAGAGCCUGGUUGACUGGUAUUCGACCGCGGACAAGCCAACUCAACCAGUCACCAAAACUGUCCGGACCGAACCAUCAGAUGAUUCAGCAGGUGGUGAGGACGAUGUUGAGACCGAGGCUGUCGUCAUCCUCGUCUCCCAUGGGGCCGGAUGCAACGCCCUGAUUGGAGCUAUUACCCACCAGCCCGUCUUGAUGGACGUUGCCAUGGCUUCCCUGACAAUGGCUGUCCGCAAGCCGAAUGUUGGACAGUUCGACUCUAUUGAAAUCUCCAAGAACAUUCCGCCGAUUCACGAACUCUACGACUUAAAGCUUUUCGCCAACACGGACCAUCUACGGUCCCCCGUAGCGACCCCGACAGGGUCAAAAUCCUCCUCGAUGCUGGAAGCAAUGAACACUAUCCGCGGGCGCCACUCGUCUUUCUCAUCUACCAUGAACGGCUUCUCGUGGAAAGAUAGCGCUGGGAGCAGAAACUCGUCGGCAAACGCCGCACUGAACGGCCUUCGAAGUGGCCCGAAUAAAGACACAACAGUGCCAAGGCUGUCCUUUGGAGCCAGCACAACAGUGCCCAGACUGUCCUUCGGAGCCAGCACCGGCGGCAUCACAGUUGGGAGCGGCGUCACGUCUUUUGCCUCGGCCCGCCCCUCCGGCCUAGGACGAACUGGGAGUGCCGGGCUCUGGUCGCCCAUUGGAACAAAUCUGGAGGAUGAGGAGGAGGACAACAGUGUCCAAGUACUGAAUUUUGGGCUAGACAGGCUGUCUGCUACCGAGCAGAAUUCACUAGCUCCACCCACGUCGCAACUCAGCCGUGAAGCGGGUCCCAAGAUGAGCGACAGGAAUGGCACCUCUGACGAAUCGGCCAGCGGAGCCACUGCCGUGUCCUCCGAGCGGUCACCGAAACCUGAGCCGGACCAGCUUGGUGCCGGCACAGGCGGGCUCUGGGGUGCGCCCCGACCUCCGGACGACGCGGACCGUCUGCGUGAUCUCAGCAGCUCCAAGCGUCGAUGGACCGUUACUGAGCGGAGUUAG